AUGUGUAGUCCGGCUGCCACGCUUCUCCUGAGAAAGCAGCUAUGUGAACUAAGUAAAAGUGCAACCGAAGGCUUUUCUGCUGGUCUGGUCGAUGAUGACAACAUAUUCAAAUGGCAAGUAUUAAUCAUGGGCCCACCUGAUACACUUUAUGAGGGUGGUUAUUUUCGUGCAGAGCUCGACUUCCCGCAAGAUUAUCCUAAUCAUCCUCCGAAAAUGAAGUUUGUAACAGAUAUCUGGCACCCAAAUAUUGCCCGCGAUGGUGAUGUUUGUAUUUCCAUUCUUCAUGAACCGGGUGAAGAUCGGUGGGGUUAUGAGAGACCGGAGGAGAGAUGGCUUCCAGUCCAUACUGUAGAAACUAUCAUUACCUCAGUUAUUUCCAUGCUAGCCGAACCUAAUCCUGAUAGUCCUGCCAAUGUUGAUGCAGCGAAAGAGUUUCGAGAAGACUUUGCUGAAUUCAAAAGGAAAGUGUGUCGCUGUGUGCGAAUGAGCCAAGAACAUUUCGACCAUUGUGACGAAUUGUCUUCACUUUGA